AUGCAAAAUAACAACAACAAUCAUCCAUAUUACAGAAGCGAAGUUAAUUACGAUGGCAACGGCCAGACUAACUAUGAAGCCAAUUAGCAUUAGAAAAAUCGUCCUUCAACUGCUUAAUCAGCACUCAGCCAUUCAAAGUCAGCUUCACAAUUCCCAUUUUUAUACAGAAAUUAGCAGCCAAAGGUAAAAGAUUUGAGGACCCAAGAAGAAAAAGAUGCAGCAAUCAAGCAUCUUAUUUCACCUACUAAGUCUCUAUAGUUGCGUUCAGAAAUUGUUAAAAAAUCUAAAAACUAAUAAAAAAUGAUGGAACUAAAGAACUCAAGAGUUUUAGACAAUCAUUUUUUGCAUAAUAUACACAGUUGUGCAUGGAUAUCUCCUGGUCUCUUUAGAAGAAUGAAAUAUGAAUCAGAUGACACUGGUUUAGCUAUUACAUUCCCAGAUAACGCAUAUGAAGUUAAAUUAAAUUAAGAUAGAUAGGAAGUAUAAAAAAUGCAAAAGGAUGGAAUCAGAAAUUGGGGUGAAUAUGAAAAAAUUAGGGAUGGAGAGUUUAUUGUGACUAUUGAAUAUUGUACCAAUUGCCAUGAGCACCAAGGCACUACUCGUCAUGAUGAAAAGAAAUAUGAAUAUAUUGCAUAAAACCUCAAAAAAGAAAUCUUAAGACAUUACCCUGUAAUUAAAGUCUAUAUGAAACCUUUGAUAACAGAAAAUUAAGACCAUUCAAUUGAAAAUCUUUAUGCUAGAUCUCGUUUAGGAGCUAUGGAAGUAUAGAUUUGUUCUAAUAAAAAUGGAAGAAUUACGAAGAACAUACUUUUUUCUAAGCUUAAAACAAAGACCUGGCCCUCAACGCUCAGUGUCUUGAAUGAAAUUAGAAAAUAUAUGGGAACUUGUACUUUAACAAUAUAGCUUAUUCAUGAAUUUAUUGAUCCUCAAAGCCUUCGCGAUGAUUAAAAACGUACUUCAGAAAAUAAACUUUUCAAUGUAGAAGUUAUAUUAAGACCUUACCGUAAAAUUAACCAAAGUGGUUAUACAUAGCAACAAAAUUAAAAUUCAUAUGUUAAUCCUUAGUAAAGUUAGACUUUAGAUCCUGAUAGAUCAUAAAUAGGAGGGUCAAGAGUAACGGGAUUCGAUGGUACCAUGUCAAAGAGUAGGCCAAAUAGCGCAUUAUUUAGAUCAAGUGUUAGGCCUUUAAGUGCUUAAAGUGCUUAUACAGUAUAAAGUUAUUCCCAAUUACCUUAAAAUGAAGGUUAUCAAACUAAUGGAAAAACUAUUGAAAUUAAAGAAAAAAGUUCAACUGAAGGAAUAGUAAACUUCAAAGACCUUCCUUUUGAUGUAUACAAUAUAGAAAUCAAAGAAACUAACGACUUUAGAGCUUAUAGAGAUAGAAUAGAUAUUUUUAAGAAAUGGAAAGAGGAGUCCCAAUAGGAUGGAAUUAUUUUAGAAGAAAUACAUUUAUAGCCUGUGGAAUAUACUUUCGCUAAAUUUAUUCUUGAAUUUGAGCCUAAUUCUUAGGUUAAAGGCUCUACUGAAGCUAUAAUAAGAAUAUGUAAGGAAGGUGAUGAAGAAAAUGAAUUAGAAGGUAGAAUAGCUAAAGUUUUUGAAGUUACAUUAGAUCCAGGUAAAUAUAGAGUAGUAGUUGAGCAUCCAGUGUAUGGUACUAUAGAAAAAGACCAUACAUUUUAAUUUGGUAAUUAGGAAUUAAAGUUAGCUUUUGAUUCUUCAAACAUGUAAGCAAAUUAGAGCUAGACGUAUAAUAAAAAGCAGACAAAUAAUAACACAAAUCAGUAAUAGCAAGGAUUAUAAAACUCCUCAUUAAACAACAGAAAUAAUCGUCCAAGCUCUGCAAGACCUUAAUCUGGCAAUCUCAAUCCAAAGAAAGAGCUUAUAAUUUAAAUUUAUGAAGCAGGAAACUUCAGAAAUAACAUUUAAAACUGUAAAAUUGAGAUUAAAGAUGAAGUAAAAGAAAAAAUAGAAAUGAGAACAAAUGAUGAUGGAAUAUGUGUAAUAAAAUUAGACGGAUUCACUAAGGGUACCAUAAAAAUAGAACAUGAUGAUUUCCUCACAAUUAUGGAGGAUUAUGGUCCAACUACUAUGAAUAUAAAUAGUAUGAAAGAUUUAUCUUUUCCUUUAAUCAGAAAACCUGAAAAGGAUAGUGAAGUUAAUUUGUUGAUGCUUACUGAUGCUGAUAGAAAAAUCAUGACAUUAAAUGUCAUUACUCCAGAUGGCAUCACUAUAGCUCCUUCUAAAAAAGAAGCUGAAAAAGAGAAAAAAGAAGUUGUAAUUAAUGAUGACCCAGAACAAAGAAGCUCAGUUAUAAAAAUAUAAAAAAUUAAAUAAAAGGGAGUUUAUAGAAUUUUUGCAAAAGUACAUGACAUUAAUUUAUUAUCACCUUCCUCAGUAAAAUUAUAUGUGAUUACCUCUUCAACUAAAAUGCACUUUAUUGAAGUGCCUAAGAGCCAUCCUUAGAUAGUUAGAGGAAAUGAUAUAUAUUGGGAUAUUGGUGCUCUCUGUGUAUCAACUCCUGAAUGGAAAUUUAUUGAAGUAAACUCAGUAAAAUCUGAUCCUGUUACUAAAGAUUCUUAUCUGUUGUAGUUGAAAUAGAUAACUGAUUAUAUUAACAGCAAGGUUUAAAAGAAUAAAGGAAAAGGAAGUGUUGAUGUCCGCACAUUAUUUGGUUUCCCUAAAGAAGAGAAUCCUAAGGUUUUAAAAAAUAAUAAUGAUUACUUCGUUUCAAAGGAAAAUAUAGUCAAUAAUAUAGAUAUCAACAUAUUUGGUGGAACCAAAAACCCAUUUACUGAGCAUUUAAUUAACUCUGCACUUCAAUCAAAUGGACUAGUAAGCUUGAACAAAUUGAAAUCUAAAUUUGAAAGUAAUUAAUUCCCUGAAGGCAUUGAUUUUUAUAAUGAUGGAUCUGUUAAAGAAGUAAACUAAGAAGAUGAAGAAGAUGAAUGA